AUGGCCGUUGACACUUUCAGGAUUUGCACAGUCUGUGCGUCCAACAAUAAUAGAUCUAUGGAAUCACAUAAGCAGCUUCGAGACGCAGGGUUCGAAGUCAGCUCUUUCGGCACAGGCUCUUCAGUGAAGCUCCCGGGCCCUUCGAUAGAUAGACCUAACAUUUACGAGUUCGGAACGCCGUAUGAGAAAAUCUACCAAGACUUAAUAUCCCAAGACUACAGAAAGAUGUAUGAGGCCAACGGCUUGAUAUCCAUGUUAGACAGAAACAGACAGGUGAAGAAAGCGCCUGAAAAAUGGCAUGCAAACGCAGCAUCGGGUAAGUUUGACCUUGUCAUUACCUGUGAAGAGAGAUGUUUUGACUCUGUGUUGGAAGAUCUCAUGAUGAGAAUGAACAAUAAGCCUGAGGAGGCCGAAGAGAAGGACGUCAGGCUGGUGGUCCACGUCAUCAAUGUCGAUAUCAAGGAUGAUAACGAAAACGCCAAGAUUGGUGGAAAAGGCAUAGUCAAGUUGGUUAGAAUGAUAAACGAAUACAGAGAGAAGGAGAAGGAACGCAAGAUCAGCGAAGGCGACGAAGACCAAUACCCAGUCAUCAUGGAAGACGAAAUCAUGAAGAUCCUAGCGCAAUGGCAGCUCGAUCAUGUCCAUUUGCCCACGCUAUACAGUGUAUCAUACUACUAA